AUGGGUCAAGUUCCUCGUAACUUUCGCUUGUUGGAAGAGUUGGAAAAGGGUGAAAAGGGUAUCGGGGAUGGCAAUUGCAGUUAUGGAUUGGCCGAUGAUGAUUUGUUGAUGCACAAAUGGCAUGCUACGAUUCUUGGACCUCCUGUUUCUGUUCAUGAGAACCGUAUCUAUAGCUUAAAGAUUUACUGUGGUGAAGAUUACCCUGACCAACCCCCGUCUGUGCAGUUUGUGUCGAGAAUAAAUCUUCCUUGUGUGAACCCUCACAAUGGUGUUGUUGACUUUAACCGCCUGCCUUGUCUUGCACAAUGGAAACGCUCAUAUACUAUCGAGACAAUCUUAUUGGAAUUGAGAAGGGAGAUGUGCACAAGUGGCCGUAAGUUGCCCCAGCCUCCAGAGGGUUCAUCCUUUUAA